AUGGACCACUUCAAUUCUACCAAUGAAGAGCUUGCGGGCACCAUCCGCCUGUUCAAAGACUCGGAUUCGACAUCCUCGGACAAGAUCUUGUUGCUUCCUCAGCCUACGGAUUCGCCCAAUGAUCCACUGAACUGGAGUUACUGGCGAAGAAUGUGGUCGGCUGCUUUGGUGUUGUACAUUACUGCUUUGACUGCUGCUACGUCCAACAGUGCCGGUGCUGCAGGUACAGCAUUGGUCGAUGAUUAUGGUAUUGGUUGGGGAGUUCAAAACACUGCAGCCGGCGUUCUGUUUCUGGGUAUUGGCUAUUCAUGUCUGGCGCUGUCUUCUGCCAACUGGUUGUAUGGCAGACGCAUUUCGUACAUUAUUUGUCUAAUCGCGUCUAUCAUCGGCAGCGCCUGGUUCGCUCGGUCUGAUAGUAAGGUGGACACGAUUCUUUGCCAGUUGUUUUUGGGAAUCUCCGAGUCAGUUGCCGAGGCCACCGCGCAGCUCUCAUUGACGGACGUCACCUUCCAACAUCAGCGUGGCUCGGUUUUGGGAGUCUACGUGCUUGCAACCUCCGUUGGAACUUUCCUUGGACCGAUGAUAUCUGGUUUUAUCGCCGACAGUCCGCUUGGUUGGCGCUGGAUGGGCUGGUUUGCUUUGAUAAUUUCUGGUUGCACUCUUUUCGUCUUCUACUUUGGUUUGGAGGAGACCGCAUUUGACCGCGACAGUGUUCUGGAUGGUCUGGCCACUGGACGAAGCUCUGCCGAGACCGAAAUGUCUGGCGAGAAGAAGACGGUCGCUGAUCCUACAUCCGUGAUUGUCAGCGACGGAACCAACAGCGAUCAUGAACCUAGGAAGGGCAAUUUGAUUCCCAACGGUUCUGACUUGGUCCCAAAGUCUUACUGGCAGCGCGUCGCUCUCAUCACUCCAUCACCUACGCUGAUCGGAACUGGAUUCAAGCAAUACAUGCGUCGUACAUUUCAUACCUUGCGUAUCUUCUAUUUCCCAGCCGUCAUCUACUCCGGUCUGCAAUGGGGUAUGCAAGACGCCUUCCUCUCCUUCUACAUGACCGUCGAAGACGACAACUGGACGUCUGAACCCUACAACUAUGGCGACCGUGCAGAUGCCAUCAUGUGUAUCCCCACGCUCAUCGGUGCCAUCAUCGGCUGUGUUUAUGGAGGUUGGUUCUCCGAUGUCUUUGUGCGCUGGAUGGCAAAACGCCGCAACAAUAUCUCCGAGGCUGAAGACCGCCUUUGGCUCAUGUAUCUACCCGCCAUCAUCUCUCCAGCCGGUCUUAUCCUCUUCGGUAUGGGAACUCAAUGCGUGUGGCCUUGGCCAGUACCCUACGUCGCUCUGGGCUUCAUUGGUUUCGGUUUCGGUUGCGGAGGCGAUCUGACCAUGGCCUAUCUCAUGGAUUGCUACCCUGAUGCAGUGUUGGAGGGCAUGGUUGGUGUCGCCGUCUACAACAACUCGCUGGCUUGUAUUUUCACUUUCGUCUGCUCGAUCUGGCUUGACGCCCACAGUCUGACUCAAGUCUUCGUCACACUGGGUUGUGUGAGCUUCGGCGUCAUGUUCCUCGGUACGAUUCUCAUGAUGUGGUUUGGCAAGGCUACUCGCAGAUGGACCGCUGGCAAGUACAAGGAGUUCCUGUACAUCAGAGGGUCUGUGUAG